AUGUAUACUGGCAACGUAGAGCACGCUUCGGCUCCCGGACUCUCCUAUGGAACCCUACCUCAGGUGCAGUAUGAGGGAUUCGAGCCAUCUCCGUACGAGGAGGAGGAAGCGCAAAUGAAUAGUAUUGGUCUCGCCGACCAGCCCGAUGUAGCACCGGCCGCGCCGCUGUUCGACCUGAGCCGCGUCCAAUACACACUCCCGGCACCCCUCAUGUCGCUUGUCGUCUCUUCAGAUGUCCUCUCCAUGGGCCUCUCAAACAAUUUCAUUGUGCAGAUAGAGCUUUCGCGGUCCGAGCAGGUCGUCAAGAUCCCGAUCCCGCGCAAGCCCACGGAAUUCUUGAUUCACAAGCUCUUCUUGGAUCCCUCUGGCCGACAUCUCCUUGUUACAUCGCUGACCGGAGAGAACUGGUACCUGUACAGAGGCUGGAAGAAGCCAAAGCAGCUGAAGAACUUCAAGAUGGUCAUUGAGAGCGUAGCGUGGAACAAGGCGGCGUUGCUCGCCUCCGCCCACUCUACCUCAACGCGGGAGAUACUGAUCGGUGCGAGGAAUGGAACGAUAUACGAAGCCAUGCUGGACGCCGAAGAGGACUUCUUCAAAUCACAAGAACGGUAUUGUCAGCCCGUGCUGACCCUUCCGGAGCGACAACCAGUGACCGGCUUGAAGUUCGAAUUCUUCCCGCCUUCAGACCCACGGAAGGCCCUUGUGAUUGUCACAACACCAUCACGAAUAUACCAGUUUGUGGGCGCGCCAGACCGCCGCUCAGACGACAAUGGCAGAGUAUUCCUCGGUCUAUUCGCGAGCUAUCGAGACUCGCCCCAAAAGUUUUCCGAGCUCCCGGGGAAUGUUGACUAUUCUGAGCUGCACACAUACGGCUCUGAUGCAGGCCAAGCCAACUCUCUUCCCAGGAGCUUGGCAUGGAUGACCACGCCUGGAAUAUACCACGGAAUGUUGAACUUUGAGUCUACAUCCGACGACCUCAUCGAUGGAGCGCAGCUUCUCCCAUACCCUGUCCUAACCUCUCCGUCUGCAUCCCCCGCGCAGGCGUCUGGGUCGUUGGACGUCCCGUUAUCUAUGGCCUUGACAGAGUUCCACUUCGUGCUCCUCUACCAUGACCGUGUCGUCAGCCUGUCUAGCCUGAACGAGCAGAUGUCAUACGAGGAGAUGCUGCCUGUGAAACCAAACGAGGGUGUCAAAGGAAUGGCGGCAGAUCCCGUGCGCGGUACAUAUUGGGUGUAUACCGACCAAUCGCUUUUCGAGCUCGUCGUCACAAAUGAGCACCGUGAUGUGUGGCGAAUAUACCUAGACAAGGGAAACUACGAUGCAGCACUGCGAUAUGCCAAGACCGCAAGCCAAAGAGAUCACGUCAUGUCUGCGCAAGCACGGGCGUUCUUUGACGAAGGAAGGUACUUCCAAGCAGCGCAAUGCUACGCGCAAUGUUCCGUUAGCUUCGAGGAAGUGACGCUGAAAUUCCUGGACGUUGGUGAACGAGAUGCGCUGCGGUCGUAUCUAACAUCCCGGCUUGAGCGUACCAAGAAGACUGAUAUAUCACAGAGAAUGAUGCUCGCUACUUGGCUCGUAGAGUUCUACCUGAGCAAAUGCAACGAGCUCGACGACCUCAUCGCCUCCGAGUCUGUCUCGCAUGAUGUAGAUAAUCUGCAUGCCGAACGCACUAUACUGGAGGACGACCUGCGCCAAUUCCUCCAGACAUACAAGGCGAACCUGGAUCCGAAAACAGUCUACGAACUGAUUCUGGGCCAUGGCCGCACCGACAUGUAUCUGCACUACGCGACGGUCAUUAGUGACCUUGAGCGAGUCGUCGAGCAUUGGAUCAUGGAGGAGGAAUGGGCGAAAGCAAUUGACGUGAUUAACCGCCAGUCCAACCUAGAGCUCUACUACCGGUUCGGGCCUGUGCUCAUACGGCAAGCACCCAAAGAGACAGUCGACUCUUGGCUGCGCCAGCAAGCAUUGGUCCCACUCCGCCUUGUUCCCGCCCUCCUUCGCCUACAACAUGCACCCCGAGAUCCCCUCUCCCCUAAUCAAGCCGUCCGGUAUCUCAACCAUGUUAUCUUUGAGCGAGGCAACACAUCACCGACUAUCCACAAUCUCAUGAUUACUUUCUACGCCUUUGUUCCCUCAUCAUCAUCCGGAUCAUCUUCAGCCAGUCACUCCGACGAUGAUGGCCCACUGUUACGAUUCUUGUCCUCAGCGCCGUCAGAUCCGCUCACCGGCAAGCCGUACUAUGACCUCGACUACGCUCUGAGACUGUGCAAGCAGGCGGGCCGAACCCAGCCAUGUGUGCACAUAUACUCUAAGAUGGGUCUGUACGAGUGCAGCGUAGACCUUGCGCUCGAGAAGGGCGAUUUGGAGCUGGCGAAGAUCAAUGCCGACAUGCCUGAGGACGACGAGCAGCUGCGCAAGAAGCUGUGGCUGAAGAUCGCGAAGGCCAUGCGCUUCCUUGAGAAUACCGAUCUGCUCAAGAUCGAGGAUAUCCUGCCGUUCUUCCCCGAUUUCGUCGUCAUCGACGACUUCAAGGACGAAAUCUGCAAUGCGCUCGAGGGAUACGCUGCGCACAUCGACACCCUCAAGGCGGACAUGGACGAGGCGACGCGCAACGCGGAGGCUAUCAAGCAGGACAUCGCUGCACUCUCAAAGAGGUUCAUUACGAUCGACUCGACGGAGAAAUGCUCCGUCUGUGGUCAGGCCCUCUUCACAAGACAGUUCUAUGUGUUCCCAUGCCAGCAUACAUUCCACGCGGACUGCUUGAUCGGUUUGACGAAAGAAUUCCUACCCUCCCAUGCCCUCCGGCGCAUUCUCGCGCUACAGAAUGAGCUCGUCAAGAGCUCCCAGAAGGGCCCGCUCGACCGUAGCGCGAUUACGAACCCCACGCUGGGUGCUGGGACGCCCCCACCACGGCAGCCCGCCGUCCAGCGUACGCUCCUCUCUGCAAACUUUGGCAUUGGGCAAGGCCACACGCGCGGCGCCAACUCGCUCGGGCGGAACCUGCUCUCCGCGGGCGACCGCCUGCGCGACCUGAUCAGCCCGGACACGCUCGCGAGCGUUGUGACCGCGCCGGCGGGCUGGAUACCGGGCAUCGGCACGGGGGCGGGUGCAGGUGCGAAGAGAGGCGGCGGGGAGAAGGAUGCGGAGAAGACGGAGCGGCUUCGGCGCGAGCUGGAGGAUGUCCUCGCCGCCAGCUGUCCCCUGUGUGAGAGCGUGGUCGCAGGGCUGGACAAGCCGUUCGUGCAACCGGGAGAAGUGGACGCGAGCUGGGCGCUCUAG